AUGUGCGGCAUUUGUUGUUCUGUAAACUUUACGGCUGAACAUUUUAGCAAAGAUUUACAAGAGAAUUUGCUUUAUAAUCUUAAGCAGCGUGGGCCCAGUAGCAGUAACCAGUUGGUUAAAUCUGAUGUUGGCUACAAGUGUUUCUUUUCUGGACACGUUCUUCACUUGAGAGGUGUCUUGACCGCUCAGCCUGUGGAGGAUGAGCGAGGCAAUGUGUUCCUGUGGAACGGAGAAGUCUUUAGUGGAAUAAAAGUUGACGCUCAGGAGAAUGAUACACAGAUUAUGUUUAAUCAUCUUUCCUCUUGUAAAAGUGAAUCUGACAUUUUGUCUCUCUUCUCACAAGUCCAGGGUCCUUGGUCAUUCAUAUAUUAUCAAGCAUCUAAUCAUUAUUUAUGGUUUGGUCGGGACUUCUUUGGUCGCCGUAGUUUGCUUUGGCAUUUUAAUAACGUGGAUAAGAGUUUCUGCCUCUCUUCAGUUGGCACCCAAACGUCUGGAGUAGCCGAUUGGUGGCAAGAAGUUCCAGUAUUUGGAGUUUUCAGAAUUGAUCUCAAGUCCACUGCCGUUUCCAAGUGUGUGGUUUUACAUUUAUAUCCUUGGAAAUGUAUUUCUUCGGACAGUGUUGCUGAAGAAUAUGUUAAUAGCCUGGCUAAAAUUUCAGCAGACUUGCCCAAGUUUGUGUCAGUGGUAGUAAAUGACACCAAACUGUAUCUGGAAAACCCUGUUGUUCCAUUAAAUAUGAUGUUGCCAAAAGCUCCAUUUGAGAGUCCUUCCACUGAGAUUUUCAGAGUCCCACCUACAAGAGAGACACUUCAAGCUUGUCUUACUGACAAACAUGUGAAGGAAGUGGUUCAGCAGUUCAUUGAUAUCCUGAGUAUCGCAGUUAAGAAACGUGUGUUAUGCUUGGCCAGGGAUGAGAACUUGACACCAGAUAAAGCUCUGGAAACUCAUGAUAGGAGAGCAAAUGUUGCAAUCCUAUUUUCUGGGGGUAUUGAUUCUAUGGUCAUUGCAAGCCUUGCUGACCAUCAUAUUCCUGUAGAUGAACCAAUUGAUCUCCUUAAUGUGGCUUUCAUGACUGAAGAAAAACCUACAACUAGUUUGAACAAAAAAAAGAGUAAGCAGAAAAAUGAUUGUGAAGUCCCCUCUAAAGAAUACUCUCAAAAUUCUGCUGUCACAUCUGAUGAUCCUGAUAAACAAUUCUGUGUACCAGAUCGAAUCACAGGAAGAGCAGGACUAAAGGAACUGCAAGCUCUCAACCCUUCCCGAAUUUGGAAUUUUGUUGAAAUCAAUGUUUCUUUGCAAGAACUGCAAAAAUUCAGAAGAACCCGGAUAUGCCAGUUAAUUCAGCCCUUGGAUACAGUUCUGGACGACAGCAUUGGCUGCGCAGUCUGGUUUGCUUCGAGAGGAAUGGGUUGGUUAGUGACACAGGAUGAAGUGAAAUCCUAUCAGAGCAAUGCAAAGGUGGUUCUUACCGGAAUUGGUGCAGAUGAACAACUUGGAGGUUAUUCUCGUCAUCGUAUCUGCUUUCAGACACAUGGCUUAGAAGGAUUGAAUAAGGAAAUACAAAUGGAGCUGGGACGAAUUUCUUCUAGAAAUCUUGGUCGUGAUGAUAGAGUUAUUGGUGAUCAUGGAAAAGAAGCAAGAUUUCCUUUCUUGGAUGAAAAUGUUGUCUCCUUUUUAAAUUCUUUGCCAAUUUGGGAAAAGGCAAACUUGACUUUACCACGUGGAAUUGGUGAGAAACUACUUUUACGCCUUGCAGCAAUAGAGCUUGGCCUUACAUCUUCUGCUCUUCUCCCCAAGCGAGCCAUGCAGUUUGGAUCCAGAAUUGCAAAAAUGGAAAAGAAAAAUGAAAAAGCAUCUGAUAAGUGUGGAAGGCUCCAAAGAACUACCUUAGAAAAUCUUUCUAUUGAAAAGAUUAAAAUGUAG